AUUCAGGAUUUAUCAAUAAGCUGGCCAGAUGAUAUGGAGUCUGAAAAUAGACAGCAAUGGAUAGGUGGCUUUGAGGAAGUAGCAGAUAUACUGAAUGAUUUAAAGUCGCUGCAGAUACUGAUUUAUUCCAACCCAGCACCAAUACUGGAACUUCUCACACUUUGCAAGGGUUUGAGGAAGCUCUCCAUUAGCAAUCAUCAUGCACGCUGUUACUUUUCCACUCCGAGGGAUUUGAACAGUCAUAAAUACAAACUAGACUUCCCACAUCUGGAAGAACUUGUGAUAGACCAUGCUGAUGGGGCAUUUCCAUUUAGUCUUAUUGUAAGCCUCAUUGACAGUAUAUCUCAAGGGUACAAUUCUUCAGCUGAGUGGAAAACCUAUUGGAUAAACACAGAAAUUCAGAUGGAUACAGAACAUGUUAGAAGAUUAGGUAGCUUUGUGCUGAGCAAGUGUUCUACGUUAUUCCUUGCGCUCACGCCCUAUUUCCGUGAGAUGGUUCAAAAGACUGGUAUCCUGCACAAUUUGACUGCAUUAUCAGUAAAGGGCCAGACACCAGUCAAUACAAAUCUGUCCAACAUCAUUAGUUCAUGUCCGAAGCUCAAAUGUUUGCAUGUCCUAUUUGGAUUGAAUGUUACAGUGGAUACAAGAAAAGUUAGUGAAAAACUGCCCAAGCUGGAACGACUCAGUAUAUGCUGCCAACCAGAACACGGACCUCCCAAAAUUGUAAAUGGAAUUGCACUGCUUCAUAACCUGACACAUCUCACAGUCCCAGUUUGUGCUCUCAUUGAGAAGCUGCCAGACAAGGAGAUUAAAGGAGCAAGUUCUGAGGUAGUCUAUACAGGAGGUUUUAAGAAAAGGCGUGUAGGGAUUACCCAGUGUCAGUCAAAUGCUGCAGUAGCUGCUUUCAACUUGGUGUUUGAUAAUUGUCCGCAUAUUGUCAUGCUAGAGAUUGGCUUUAACACAAGUACAUCAUGUAGUCCAGCCAAGGUACUCUGGGAAUGUUUGGAAAACAUAAAGAAAUUAAAGGGACUUACCCAUUUAACUUUGGAUGGAGUUCCUAUUACAAAUGGAAAUUUUCUUAUUGUGAUUACAAGAGAAUGUACUAAUUUGAAAUUCCUUCGCCUGAGAAGUUUGGGACCCUCAGGGAAGUGUGUGUACCUCAGCCAACUUAUACAAGCUCUUGCUUAUUGCAAAAAUUUAGUUAAUCUCAGAAUUCAGCAGAAUUACCUAGCCCCUGGCACUAACAUCUGGAAGGCCUUAGAAGCAUGCAACAGUCUACAACGAGUGUUCAUCAGCUCAGAGCGAGACACACAAGCUUUGGACCUGAAUGCUCUUGCCACUCUGAUUGACAAGCAGACCAACUUAGUAUUUGUGUUUGUCGUGGGCGCUAACACAUCAAAAGAAAAGUGCACCAAUUUUACCAGAAAGUACAAGAAGUUAGUCCGUCCAGCACUUGUGGUUCGUGUGAGGAACAUUUUGUAUGAUGUCUUUGAUGAAAAGAACACUGACAAUCGCACAACUCCAGCAUGUCACUAUAAUGAAAUGGUCACCUUUAGAAGUUGGGCCUUUGAUUAUGUACCUUAGAUAUA